UCGCAGCCCAGAGGAGGAGCCGGAGGGGGAGCGGAGCGCGCGGCCCGAGAACCGGAGGCAGCGGUCCCGGCCGGAGGCGCAGAGGGGCGGCGGGGUGCAGCAGGGCCGGAAGAGUCCCGCUCGGAGCCGAGGUCGGGCUCACAGCCCCGAGCCUCAGCAGCUGCCGUCGCCCAGGAGCAGCAGCUGUGCCCGGGGUCCCAGCCGCGGCGGCCGCGGGAGGAGGAGGAGGAGGAGCUGCAGCUGGACGGUGGCAGCUGGAGGAGGAGCCGCGCCGCUGUUCCGCGCGCCGGGGAGAGGGCCGCGCCGCCCGGGCUGAGCCGCGCUGGGAUGUCCCGCUGACCGCGGCAGUUAUGCAGCCUUGACGGGGCGCUCGGGCGCGGGGACCAGCCGCGGGGCGCGCCCUCCCGGGACGGGGCAACGGGCGCGGGCAGCAGGACUUUACCGCCGACUCCAGCCCCGCUGGGUGCCCAGUCAUCCACCAUGGAGCCCGUGACCAAGUGGAGCCCCAGACAAGUGGUGGACUGGACUAGAGGGUUAGAUGAUUGCCUGCAGCAGUAUGUCCACAAGUUUGAACGGGAGAAGAUAAAUGGAGAGCAGCUGCUGCAGAUUUCCCAUCAGGAUCUUGAGGAGCUGGGUGUCACACGAAUUGGACACCAGGAACUUGUGUUGGAGGCUGUCGACCUUCUCUGUGCACUGAAUUAUGGCCUUGAAACUGACAAUAUGAAGAACUUGGUUCUGAAACUGCGAGCAUCUUCCCACAAUUUACAGAAUUACAUAAGCAGCCGGAGAAAAAGUCCAGCCUAUGAUGGGAACACCUCCCACAAGCCCCCCAAUGAGUUCCUGACUUCUGUGGUGGAGCUCAUAGGCGCCGCCAAGGCCUUGUUAGCUUGGCUGGACCGGGCUCCAUUUACAGGGAUCACUGAUUUCUCAAUAACGAAGAACAAAAUCAUUCAGCUUUGCUUGGACCUGACCACUACAGUCCAGAAGGAUUGCCUUGUAGCAGAAAUGGAGGAUAAAGUUUUGGCUGUAGUCAAGGUUUUAAAUGGCAUCUGUGAUAAAACAAUCCGAUCUACCACGGAUCCUGUUAUGAGCCAGUGUGCAUGUCUGGAAGAAGUCCACUUACCAAACAUUAAACCUGGGGAAGGCUUGGGCAUGUACAUCAAAUCAACCUAUGAUGGAUUGCACGUGAUUACUGGAACCACAGAAAAUUCUCCUGCAGACAGAUCUCAGAAGAUUCAUGCUGGUGAUGAAGUCAUUCAGGUUAAUCAGCAAACUGUGGUGGGAUGGCAGCUAAAAAAUCUGGUGAGAAAGUUGAGAGAGAAUCCUACAGGAGUUGUGUUACUGCUUAAAAAGCGGCCCACGAGUUCCUUCAACUUCACUCCCGCCCCCCUGAAAAACCUACGAUGGAAACCACCUCUGGUCCAGACCUCGCCUCCGCCCACGACCACUCAGUCCCCGGACAGCACGAUGGAUGCCUCACUGAAGAAGGAGAAGCCGGCCAUCCUGGAUCUUUAUAUUCCUCCUCCACCGACCGUUCCCUACUCCCCCCGGGAAGAGAAUGGGAGUUCCGUUUACGGAUUCAGUAAAUGUAAACAGCCACAGCCUGGUCCUAAGGGUUCUGAGUCCCCCAAUUCCUUCCUGGACCAGGAAAGCCGGAGACGGAGAUUUACCAUCGCUGAUUCUGAUCAGUUGCCUGGGUAUUCCGUGGAAACCAAUAUUCUGCCCACAAAAAUGAGAGAGAAAACACCAUCCUAUGGCAAGCCCCGGCCUUUGUCCAUGCCUGCGGAUGCGAGCUGGAUGGGGAUUGUGGACCCUUUUGCUAGACCUCGAAGUCAUGGGAGGAAAAAAACAAAACAAAUUGUUGGAAAACCUCUAGAAGGUGAGGACGGCCUUUGCCGGUAUUUCAGUAAUGAGCGGAUCUCUCCGAUCAUCGAAGAAAGGUCAUCUCCCCCAUACCGUUUCUCAAGGCCCACGACCGAGAGGCAGCUGGUCCGAGGUGCAGACUACAUCCGAAGCAGCAGGUGCUACGUCAGUUCAGAUCUCCACAGCAGCGCCACGAUUCCAUUCUCGGAGGAAGGGACCAAAAAGAAAGCCAGCUCCUCGGCAGCAAAGUCCUCUUCUCCAGAACCGUCCCUGCUGGUCAGCUGGUUUACUCGCCUGAAACUGUUGACUCACUGAGCCCUGCAUUCCCGGGACCCUCCCUGUCUCCUGCUACCAAGUGCCUUGCUUCCUCAAUCAGCAACAAUUUGUUCUGAUUUUCAUCCACAGUAUUAUGCAGCGACCUUAUGCGAUUUCGUGGGUUUUCUUUUUUCUUUUUUUCUUUUCUUUUCUUUUUUUUUUAGAAAGUUGUAUCCUGCGCUUGUUGGAAUUUUGAAGUCGUUGGAUGGGAACAAACCCAGAGAAUUGUAGAUGCUGGCUUAUGGAGACCAAAGGAGAGAAAUGGGGAGAGUCCGCUUUCUUUUUUGCUUCCUUAAGAGUCAGAACACGGAGACACACUCUCUAAACCAGAGCCGUGGCCAGGAAUGUUACGGUCAUUAUGAGGAGCUGGGCCAUUGUUCUUUUUAGGGGGGUGGGACUACAGUUGGUGGCCACUGUCACACAGAUGUGUUGGUUUUUGGUCCAGCUUCUUCACCUGAAAAAGCCUGUGGAGAAAAACAGUUUUCUUUUGAUUUUUCAAGCUAUAUACCACAUGUGUAAGUGUAGCAGCUUUGACUUUGAAAUAACACGUGGGAAGCAUCUGAUGCUCUUUCAGAGCAGAGGUUUGAGUGUAGGCCAGUUACACUUAGUUAAUGCCCUUUUCAUAAGUCUCGGUGUACGUCAGUUAAUACAGAAACACGUGAAAAUGCUUAGAUAGGGCUUACUGCACACAGAGAAGUUUAUGGUUAUUUGUGAAGGGUGUUGUAUAUUAUUGUCUUUAAGGGAAAAGAAGCUAUAAGAUUUGCUGACAGCCAAAGUUUCAUUGAGAAAAAUGGAGCACCCAUACUUAGGUUUAUGAGAGAGACAUCAGUUUGCAUUUUGACCUGUUCAAUGACUAUCUUCUAGAAAAGAAUGGACAGUUCUUCAAAAUUGUACACAUUUUGCUAAUUAGAAAUCUCUUGGAAAAUCUCACGGUCACUCAUUUUCAACUAGCAUCAGGUAUUUUGGAAAAGUGUGUCUGGAUAUUAACUCUUGUUUAAACUGAAUGUAUGAUAUUUUGCUAGAAUGGAAAAGUACUAUCUUGUUAAUUUAAGUGUUUUAAAUAUAGUUGUAUAUUUUUCUUACUCUUAGUCACAUGUAAUUGAUAUAUUUCUGUUUUGUGUCCUACAUGAAGCUAACGAAAAAAGUGUUCAAGAUGUUUCCAGGUUUACCAGUGACCACCUCGGCUGUUGCCACUGUGGGCACUAUUGUUAAAAAAGCAAAAUAAACCCUCCCAACCAUUUUAGGAUUUUAUGGAUUAGAAAUGGGGGCGUUGAGGGAGCGUGUGUAAAGUAAAAUUACAUUCGGAGAAUUUUCUGAGCUCUAUCCCUGGGCAAAGCUGGUAUCUCCUAUUCAAAAAUAUCUUCCCCUCCCCCCUUGAGUUGUCUACUUUUCUGAACUGCCUGAAAUUGGAGAUUCCUUGGAGUUAACAUCUUCCUUUUAAAACGCCUCUGGUGGGGCUUCCCUGGCGGUCCAGUGGUUAAAACUCCAUGCUUCCAAUGCAGGGGGUGCAGGUUCAGUCCCUGGUCGGGGAACAAAGAUCCCACGUGCUGCGCGUUGCGGCCAAAAAAUUUUAAAAAAAGAAAAGCCUCUGGUGGGGUUGAGGGAGCUGGCAACCACUCGCAUAUUAGUGUGAAUGAAUUCAGUCGGCUGUUUGCCUGUCAACCAACCCCCAAGGGAACUGCAGUGAAGAUAUAGUUGUUUCAUGGGGAAUGAAAAGGGGUUUGGCCAGUGGCGGAAAGAAGAGGCUUGGAAUGCGUGAUUCAUUGGCUGCUUGACAAUACAGUGUAAGGGCAGAGCAGGGGCGGGGAAGCCUGGUAACAGGGCACUGAUGACUAGGAGGGACUAUAGAAAAGGGGGAGAGCCAGCCCUCGCCCUUUGACUGUUAGCGUGGCCCAGAAAAUGGGGUGGCAACUCUUCCUCUCACUCUCCAGAUCACUCUCAGAUCCCCUGAGUAACGAGUUUAGUGGUUUUGGAGGUCUUAGCUGGAGGUCAGCCCCUUUUCUGUGGAGUAAAUGUCCUUUGUGAUCAAAUGACCAUCCUCAAAUGAAUUUUCAGUGCCCAACUCAAGUACAGUAACUGUGCCCAGUCAGUGUUUUUCAGACUGUUCCCUGAAGUCCUAAGGGGAGGCCAAGUUUCUGGGUUCUCUACCUUCAAUCAGCCUCCACUGCUUCAUUUUUAUUUUUAUUUGGGAUUUUCCCCUGAAAUGUGUUUGAGAAAUAGAUUGCUGCUUAAAGAAGUUUCUAUGUAUCUUUAGUUGACAUAUAUAAUUAAUAGUUUAAUACUAAUUUCUUAGAAAUUAAUGGAAACUGCUUGCCUCAGUAAUAAUCCAGGUUUAAUGGUAGACGUGU